UAAAAAUCAAACAAACAUGGAUUCUGAAAUGAAGAACACAAACGCGACAGAUGCAAGUGAUACAGAUGAAAGUGUCAGUUUUGACGAAGUUUCUAAUGUUGCUAAAUUGUGGAUAUUGGACUUUAUGUUUCUGGAUCUGUGUCGGCAAUUCAAGGAAAACAACUUUCAUCAAUUCAAAGAAAAGUGUUCGGCUUUCGCGGCCACUUCUUCUACACCGACUGGAAAUAUCUGUGUAGAGAAACUGACGAUAUGUGCCUUCCUUACAAGAGUCGUGCAUGGAGAUAAGUUGGAUGUUGAAUUUGAAGAGGAAGCAGGUGUGAUGCCUCUGAUGUCUGCUGCCAAAGUAUGGUCAAGCCUAGAGGACGCUGUGGAAGACGAGAUGUUCAAAAACAUCGCUCAACUGUUGCUUGUCCAGUCUGUGGCUGUUUGCUUGGUGCAGGGCCAAAGAUCUUCUGCCUCCUCUGCCCUCAAGUGGUUUAAGAAUAACAGUGACUUCUCACAGCCCAACUUGGUAGUUAAGCUGUCGACAAUAGUGACGAAGGGGGAAACCUACCACCCGUUCCUCACGAGCUUCAGCUUCAUGCGCCUGCUUGAGUCAACCAAAUCUUUCUUGGAUGCCUACUUGGAGUUGGAUCCCUGUGACUACCUCUUCAAGGAAGCCACAAAGGAGGCGCAGUUGUUAAAAAGGGAACGGUUGAAAUGUCGGGAGGAACCCGUCAAAUCAAAAGAGAACAGAAAGGAAAAUGAGAAGAAGGCGGUUGGUUUGAGAACAAAACGGAAACUACUGUCCACUAAAACCUUGGAUAUAUUGCCGACAGAUUCGUGCAAGAAGUCGUUCGUCUCUCUCAGAAGAAUCCCCCAGAAUACGUUAUCUGAAUUGACGUCCGCGAAGUCAAUGACCACCUCGGAGGUGAAAAAAACCAGAAAACCACCUCAGAAAUGGACACUCCAGAUGGACAAAUACCUUGAGACUGGAGUUAAACGUCACGGCCAGGGGAGUUGGUCUCGCAUAUUAAUGGAUUUUGACUUUGACGGACGCACUGGCACCAUGCUCAAAGACCGCUGGAGAGUUUUAAAGAAGACGCAUAAAGUCUAAAAGACCUAACCUUUAUCAGCCCAUCGCUUCAUUUCUGAAGAUCUUACUCCUUGUCAUUAGUGUGUUGCUGCUGUUCUGUUUGCACCAAGGACAUAAGCCACUAGAGGGCACUCAACGCAACUAUUAUUACAUCAUGCUACAGCAUGGCCUUCUAUGAUGGGAUACAUUUGAUAGUUGCCAAAAUCUGUAAGUAUUCACCUCGAACUAAUAAAAUGUAAUGUGAAUGAAACAUUGGAUUUGC